AUGACGGGUCCGUUCACCUUGCGCAAUCAGGCCGAGUCAUCUCUACUCAGACUGCCUGGCGAGCUGCGCAAUCGUAUCUUUGAGUUAGUUGUCGGCGGAAACAUCGUUGUUGUAUCCACUUGGACCCAGCAACCGGCAAAACCCUUCGUCUAUCUCACCUCCGCUGAUUCUUCUGGAUCCGACGCAAAAGGCACCCAGGCGAGCAGUCGUGCACCUGCAUUGGGAAUCUUUACCAUCGGCCUCGUAUGCCGUCAGCUACACCAAGAAACAGCCCUCACCCAGUACAUAAAGAAUAUCUUCCACUUCGACGACAUGGAAGCUGGUCGAGCUUUCGUGGACGGUCUCACUAGUACACAGCGAGCGCUGCUCACGUCUAUAUCCCUCAACGUCGAGGGUUACUUCGGCAUAGAUUUUUCAUGGGAUUUUAUCUCAAGUAUGUGGAGGUACGUUGCGGACAACGACACCGACAUGUUCUUACCUGAGCUGGAGCGUGUCUACAUCAGUGUAGAUGACCAGAAAGGCUCUCUUCAGGCGAAGGAGAAAGAGGUACUUCACGCAAUUGGGCGAAAGCUGAAGAUCCGUAUAGCACGCGAGGAAUGUGUUUCGCUUAUGAACCUUGAUGUGUUCCAGGGAAUGGAGAACCGAAGUCAAGCAAAGACAACCAAACUGAGCUGGAAUGGUGGGGCACCCGUCUAAUCGGGGGGUCUUUUGUACCGACACCACGAAAUCCAGUCG